AUGGCUCCCAUGAAGCCCGCACCACAAGCAACACCAGCUCCAGAAAGAACAGAGCCUUCAAAAGAGGAAGCUAAAGAAAAUGAACCAAAGAAACAGGCUGAACCAACACCAGCAAAUCCACAGCAGCCAGCCCCUGAUCCUGCCCGUGCCCCAGAAGCUGCUCCCCAGCCACAGACAGAGCCUGCGAAACCGGAUGACCCUGCAGGCAAUGAGCAGGAUGCUCCAGCAGUCCAAGAAGAUACACAUCCUGUACUGACUGUUGUCAAUGAGUUUGCGGAUACCCAGCUUCAGGACAUAGUGAAGCGUUUGAGGCAGAGGACAAACCUUUUCAAGGAGAAACUGCUUGAUAAAGAUGUAUCCUCCCCUGAGCCGAGUCCUCCUGUUUCUCCUAUCAAAAAGAAGCACCUAAAAAAGGAUGAGAAGGAUGAGAAGAAGGAUGAGAAGAAGGACGAGGCAAUGGUAGAAGAAGCCAAACUGGAGGAAGAGCAUUACUGUGACAUGCUCUGCUGUAAAUUCAAGACAAAACCGCUGAAAGAAAAGCUGAAAAAGUGUAGGCUACCUGACACAUUAGAUGGAUGCACAGACCGCAGAUAUAUAUUGUGGCUGUUUUUUGUGACUCUGGCUUUUAACUGGAACUGCUGGUUCAUCCCACUGCGCUGUGCUUUCCCUUACCAGACUCCAGAGAACAAUCUCUACUGGUUCAUGAUGGACAGCUUGUGUGACUUCAUUUACCUGGUGGAUAUGCUGGUGUUUCAGCCUCGGAUGCAGUUUGUGAAGAACGGAGAUAUCAUUUUUGAUAGGGCAGAAAUUAAGAAACAUUACAGAGCCUCCUUAAGAUUUAGGCUUGAUCUGAUCUGUCUCCUGCCAUUUGAGGUGCUUUACUUAAAGUUUGGGAGUAAAUCCGUGUUUAGAGCAAACCGUUUAAUGAAGUAUAAGUCAUUCUUUGAAUUUAAUGAACGACUAGAAGCUAUUUUAUCAAAAGCAUACAUUUACAGAGUCUUCCGAACAACAGGGUACCUGCUGUUUAGCCUUCACAUUAAUGCAUGUAUAUACUACUGGGCCUCUGAAUAUGAAGGUAUUGGUAGCACCAAAUGGGUUUACGAUGGAGAAGGAAACAAGUACCUGAGAUGUUACUAUUUUGCAGUCCGUACUCUGAUUACUAUUGGCGGUCUUCCAGAGCCAGUGACUGUCUUUGAGAUCGUAUUUCAGUUGUUAAAUUAUUUCUCAGGUGUCUUUGUAUUCUCCAGCUUGAUUGGUCAGAUGAGAGAUGUCAUUGGGGCAGCCACUGCAGGACAAACCUUCUUUCGGAGUUCAAUGGAUAAUACUGUGGCUUACAUGAACACUUAUAAGAUAACCAAGCUUGUACAGAACAGAGUUCGCACCUGGUAUAACUACACCUGGGCAUCCCAAGGCAUGCUGGAUGAGUCUGAAUUACUGGAGGAGUUGCCAGUAAGUAUGCAGCUGGCUGUUGCAGUAGAUGUGAACUACUCCAUCGUCAGCAAUGUUGAGCUUUUUAAAGGCUGUGAUAACCAGAUGAUUUGCGACAUAUUGCUGAGGCUUAAAUCUAUUGUAUAUUUACCAGGAGAUUACGUCUGCAAAAAGGGAGAAAUUGGUAGAGAAAUGUACAUCAUUAAGCAAGGAGAAGUUCAGGUACUUGGUGGAGCUGAUGGCACUGUCGUCCUGGUCACUCUGAGAGCCGGGGCUGUCUUUGGAGAGAUCAGCCUGCUGGCAGCAAGUGGAGGAAACAGAAGAACUGCAAACGUUGUUGCUCAUGGGUUUGCAAACCUGUUCAUCUUAGAUAAAAAAGAGCUCAAUGACAUUUUGGUGCACUAUCCUGACUCGCAGAAGGUCCUGGCAAGGAAAGGAAAGAAACUAUUGAAGGACAAGGGUAAAAAGGACGAUGGUGGUCCACAGGAAAGAAUGAAAGGACUCUCCACCCUGUUCAGCAUCAAGCCAGAGACCCCCAAGCUCUUCCGUGCAUUCAUGUCUGCAAAAGGGGCUGGGGGGCUGUUGAGCAAAUUGAAGGCAGAACAAGCAAAGAGUCAGGCUUAUGCUUAGACUCAUCAACCACAACCCAAACUUCAACCCAAGAUACAACAGCCUUCUCCUGAUGCAACUGCCGACCCAAAAGUUACCAUUUCAAGAGGAACCACAAACAAACCGCUCAUCAUCAGCAUGACACCUACUGUGGAGAGAGAUUGUCAAAGUGGACGUGAAGGGAAAUUAACUUUAAUGAAACAUUAAAAACUAAGAAAAAAGCUUAUGGCUACUAUUGCAAACUUAGGAAAGGUGCUUCACAGUCAUUUAAUAUGUGC